AAGUCGCGACUCGCAACUAGCUAAAUACUGAAAUAAAAAUAAUCUGUAUAUGUUAUAUAAAAAAACGAUGUAGUCAACUGUAGUCAACAUUUGGCUCAACAUUAUGUGGCAAUUUUCUUGAGUGUAUAAACAAAGACUCUUCGGACGACUCACGAAGUAAUUUUUGCGGUGAUGUAUUACAGCUGUCUUUAUUUUUGUGCACGACAAACCGGGCAAAAAUCUUCUAUCAAUGAUUGCUUUUUAAAUGUCGUUGUAAUUUGAUAGCUGAGAAAUGGCUAUGAAUGCUCCAUUUGGGACAGAUGAACAACCUAAGAUAAAUGUAAAAAUUGUUGGAGGAAAAGCUUUUGAAUUAAAAGAAAGAAAUGGCGGGAAACGUGACAGUUUAUCAAGAACUCCAUAUAAAUAUUCUAGCAAACCUCCUUGGUUUUUGGACGAUUUCCACAGCGAAAAAACAAGGUCAAAUAAACCUCGUUUAACUUCAAUUUCAAGCGUUGCUCCCGAGAAAUUGAAGCGACAUAAAGGAACUAAAAAUAACUAUCUGGAAAGAGGUAAUCUUGGAGAGAGAAGGGCUAGCGUAAUUGAUGAAGUGGAAAAUGAAAAUUUUGACGAAAUGCUGUCUCGUCUCCUCUCAGAAUUUCCAGCAAAAACAUUCAAAGAGAUUUAUACAGAAAUGGCAAGCUUUGAUCCAGGAUUACAAUGUUUUAUCAAUGAGCACCAAGUUGAGACAACUUUGAAGAGAUACAAAGUACCAAUACCAUUGGGCUUACUGAAAAAGAUCUUCUGUAAAUUUGUUUCAAAGAGCAACACAAACUUGAUAAACUAUGAAAAUCUCAUCAAAUACUUGUUUUCAUAUAGUCUUAAAGGUAGUUCACUCAGAUCAACAACAUCAAAUCAUGAUAAAUUAAAAUCAGGUAAAAUUAAAAUUUAUCCUUCGAGUAAUACAGAAGUUAGUCCUCAAAGCUGUAAUGUAAACAGUAAUCCUCAAACAAAACAGUCUUCUUACAUGUCACCUCGUAAGUUGGUAAAAAAAGCUAUGGAUGACAGAGAAGAAGCAUAUUUGUUAAUCCAAAUUGAACAAGCAUUUAAAGCUAAUGGUGAAGAAAUCUUAAGGAUUCUUGAAAAACUCCACAAUGAUUUAAGAAUGCUGGCAAAUGGUACUGAAUACGUAAAAGCUGAUCAGAUUGAGCGGACAUGUUCAUGGCUGCAUGUUCCAUUGCAUCAUUCAUUACUGGAGAAAAUUGUCAAUCGAUUUAAUGUGAAGAAAAAUGGUAAAAUAAAUUGGAAAGACUUUGUUGAGUUUUUGGAAAAGGGUAUCCCAUUUUCAGUUGAAAGAAAUACAAACACAACAAUAAGUGAAAUGCCAUUAAAACCUUUUUGGGAAUGUCGCACACCCUUGGCUCCAGUUUCACCAAGAAAAAUGCCAGAAAGCGAAACAAAUGAAAGCAAUAAAGAAAUAACACGUGCUGAAAAGAAGCAAUAUCCUCCGAUUGCUGUAAAACAGAAUGUUGACAAAGAUUAUGAAAAAGCAAUAGAUACGUUAAAAAGCUCAUAUGACUUACUAAAAAUACGAAAUGAAGAGGAAAAUUACCUUAGUGCAAGCACUGGGCAUUCAAUGCCGUUAAAGGCUGAGAUCUCUACAAAACCAGACACGGUGGAUAAAGACGAAGCUGACGAAUAUUUGGAUGAAAAAUUAGAGCGAUUCUCGCACCUUACUGCAGCUAUAUUGAGAUCAGAUUUAGAUAAAACUGGUACAUUGAAAGCAAAGGAUGCACUAAGAAUUGUAAACAAUUAUAAUUUGAUUUAUAACUUAAAUUUAGCGGAAGAAAAUGUUCGUGAAAUGACUCAACGUAGUACUGUGAAAAACACAAACGAUGUUGUUAUUGACAAACUUGUAAAGUCACUGUGGGAAUUGAUGAAAACAGCUGAGUAAAAGAUUGAAGAUCUUCCUCACUUAACUAUUCUCUUUACAUGAAAAACACAUCAGUUACGUUGAAAUACUUACGUCUUAAUACAUGCAUGUUGAUAUGUAGUAUAUAAAAUAAACGAGGAAAUAGUUAUUAUUUCCAUCAAAAACUAAA